AGCUCAAUCCACUACUUUCUCAAUACUGGGUGAUUCUUUUUUAUUCCCUGGAAGAUCUGCACUCUGCACUAUAUAUAUACAAAUAUAAUUUUUUUUUCAUUUCCCUAUCUCAUGAAAGUUUCAACCCCAAAAGUUAGGAUUUUGAGCUCAGAGCCUCAGUCUCCGGCCACCUUAUUCUCCGCCGGCGCUCCGGUCAUCCGUCUUGAGAAGAGAAAUCAGAUUCUUGGAACCCUUCCCAGGAUUUUGAGGGCAUUACCUCAUUAGUAACACUUUGGCCUGAAGGGUUUUUAUCUGGUGGGUUGAAAAUGUAUAUGGUGGAGAGCAAAGGGGGUGCCAUAGUCUGUAUGUGUUUGGCUCUCUUGUUCCUGGGAACAUGGCCUGCCCUUUUGACUUUACUGGAAAGACGAGGCCGUCUUCCUCAACAUACUUAUCUCGAUUAUACAAUCACCAAUCUUUUGGCUGCCGUGAUCAUUGCUUUCACCUUCGGGGAGAUUGGAUCCGAAAGGCCGAAUUUCCUAGACCAAGUCACUCAGGAUAAUUGGCAGAGUGUCUUGUUUGCCAUGGCGGGUGGGAUAGUCCUCAGCCUUGGAAACUUGGCGACUCAAUAUGCUUGGGCGUUUGUUGGUUUGUCAGUUACUGAGGUGGUUAGUUCGAGCAUUACUGUGGUCAUAGGAACGACGCUGAAUUACUUCCUGGACGACAAAAUCAACAAAGCCGAGAUUCUUUUUCCUGGCGUCGGGUGCUUCUUGGUUGCUGUUUGUCUAGGCUCUGCUGUGCAUGCAUCCAAUGCUGCUGAUAACAAGAAGAAGCUCAGUGGUUUCUCGGGUCAUUCCAAAUAUGGAGCUGAGAACCAGAGCAUGUCUCCGUCCAACGAGACUCAUAUGAACUCGGUUGGAAAAAACGAUAUGGAGAAUGGGCUUGCCUCGGUAGAGAAGGCGAAGUUUGGGACAGCACUCUAUCUUAUACAGCUCGAGAACAAAAGAUCAAUUAAGGUUUUCGGGAAGGGCACCGUGAUUGGUUUGGUCAUAACAUUCUUCUCUGGAGUUUGCUUCUCCCUCUUCUCGCCAGCAUUCAACCUCGCAACAAAUGAUCAGUGGCACACUCUAAAAGACGGAGUUCCCCACUUAACCGUCUAUACUGCUUUUUUCUACUUCUCAGUCUCGUGUUUCAUUCUUGCCAUUAUUCUCAACAUCAGUUUUCUGUACCGCCCUGUGCUAAACGCGCCUAAGUCAUCCUUCAAGGCCUAUCUGUCCGAUUGGAAUGGUCGAGGUUGGGCGCUGUUGGCAGGUCUAUUGUGCGGGUUUGGGAACGGUCUCCAAUUCAUGGGCGGUCAAGCAGCCGGAUAUGCAGCAGCCGAUGCAGUUCAGGCAUUACCUCUUGUUAGCACAUUCUGGGGAGUAAUUCUAUUCGGAGAAUACCGGAGAUCAUCAAGACGAACAUACAUGUUUCUUGCUGGCAUGUUGUCUAUGUUCAUCAUCGCGGUUGGUGUCUUGAUGGGUUCAUCGGGGCACCGGAAGUAGGGUAACACACCCGAAAAAGCAAUACAUUGUUGCACGUUUGUAGAUACACAAAAUUUCGAUUUCUCAUUUGGCAAAAAGCAUGAUUAUAUGCUGCAAGGCGUCGGAGCAAAUGCAUCCAACAAAGUCUCCUUUCGACAACUCGGAGAAGAAGAAGAUGUAAAAGCUGUGCAUGUCUUGCAGGGACUCCACUUAUUUCCACACCAUUGUUAGUGUUGUAGUUUAGCAAAAUAAUGUAAAGCAAUAUAUAAAGUCUUUUGUAAUCUCUGCAAUUCCCAUGUUUGGUAAACUCUUGAUAUGUAUUGUAUGUGAAAUCAUCAGUGAAGAAACUGUUUGUUUCCCACUCUCCCAAAA